AUGGAUGAAUAUUUAGAUGUCAUAGAUUAAAUAUCAGCUGAACGUACUAUUUAAAUGUUGAAAUCACAAAAGAAGCCUAAAUUCAAGAUUAAUCGUGUACCUGAAGAGUUGAGAUCAAUUCCAAUAUAUUUGGAUAUUGAAUAUUAAAAUUAUAUAUUCAGAGAUCAAUUCAAUUGGAAUUUGAAUGAUUAUCAUGUUAGUCCUUAAGAAUUUGUAGAAACCUUGGUAGAUAAGUUAGGUUUUGGUAAUGCUAAAUAAAUGCAUUAAUAAUUAUUGUUUCAGAUCAUGGAGUAAAAUAAAAAUACUAAUCAAUAUAAGAUAUAUAGAGAAACAUAGUGUCCAUAUACCUGAAGACUUAAUAUAGAUUUAAAAGAAGUAAUUGUCAGAAAAGAAAAAGUAAAAUUAGACAAGUUAAAGAGCCAGCAGAGCUUAGAUAACUAGAUUAUCAUAUGGUUAAAAUAAAGUAAUGAUUAAAAUAUAAUUGUGAAGAAAUGUAUCUAUUGUGAGUUUUUAAAUGUACAAAGUGGAUUGUAUUGUAAGAAAUGUAGAAUUCCAUUUAUUGUACUUGAUAAUGUGAAUCCAACUGAACCAAUUAUAAAAGCAUGUUUUUUAUUUUAUGAAGUUGUAAUAAAUAGAACAAUUUCACCUAUUGAACCAAGAAGAUUAAUAAAGGAAGAUUUUUCAUCAUUAUAUAGUUUAAAAAAUAAGUUGAUUGAUUUAUCAGGAGAAUAAGAGGUAAUAGAUGAAGUUUUUUAAGAAUUUAUGAAAAAUAGAGAGAAUUUAGAUUAGGCAGAUUUUAUAUCAUCACUAAAAGCUCCAAAGAUAAAAUAAAGAAAGAGAUAGAUCAAAAAGGAAGAAUGUGAAGAAGAACCAGAAGAAGAAAGUUAAUAGGAGAAUUAAGAAGAAGAAGAAUAAGAUGAAGAAGAAGAAGAUUAAGAUGAAGAUGAAGAUCAAAAUUAAGAUGAAAAUUAAGAUGACGAAGAAUAAUCUGAAAAAUAAUCUUUUGAUUCUUCAUCAGAAUCAUCUUCUCCAAGAUAGCGUAUUAAUACGAGAAGAAGAGCUAAAGAAGAGAUUUUAAGAAGAUCUGUUAGAAAAAGAAAAUGAUUAAAACAUCC